AUGGAAUUGUUAAAAUUUCCCCGCGUAACGCUGCUUCUUGCCUGUCGCUACUGCUUGGGUUUGGCAACGCUUUUCAUAUUCGUUGCCCAUCUUAACUUAACAGCGGGACAAAUAGACUGGGACGACGAUGAUGAUCCAGUCUCAACAGUAGCAGUUGAAGCGGUACUGGGUCGUACAGCCACUUUGCCAUGUGACAUCGAACCGGAAGCCAAGGAUGAUAGAGUUUAUAUGGUCCUGUGGUUUCGUGAAAGUGCUGGUAAACCACUUUACAGUUUUGAUGUACGGGGGAGACCUUUCGAGAAGGCUUUGUACUGGUCUGAUACAAAUUCAUUUGGUCCCAGAGCUUAUUUUGUGACAUCUAAACAACCUGCCAAAUUACAAGUUGACAAUAUACAAUUGGACGAUGAGGGAGUGUAUAGAUGUCGCGUUGACUUCCAAAAUUCUCCUACACGCAAUCAUAGAAUAAAUUUAACGGUUAUUGUUCCUCCACAUCAAAUCUUGGUAUACGAUGCAUCGGGUCGAGAUGUUGCCGGUGCAGUGGGUCCUCUGUUUGAAGGCGACAAUAUUGUGCUGACAUGUGAAGUGCGUGGUGGUCGCCCUGAACCCGUAGUGACAUGGAUGAAUGGCACGCAACAAUUGGAAUCCGGCAGUGGUGUUUCAAUGGGACGUCAUGUAACCGUCAAUCGUUUAGAAGUUCCACACAUAACACGUUCUGCAUUGAACAAUACCUACCGUUGCCAGGCUUCGAAUACAAAAUUAGUACCACCAGUGGAGCGCAGUAUACGCAUUGAUAUGUUGCUCAAGCCGACAUCUGUUAAUCUGACAAACAAGCAAAAGGUUUUCUCAACGGGCACCCAGUACAAUUUGACUUGUAUAGUGGAAGGUUCAGUGCCGGACACAGAAAUAAAGUGGACACAAAAUAAUCGUCCAUUCAAGAGAGGAACGUUAACUACAUCACAAACAAAUGGUAAAGUUUUAUCCACACUCACCUUUAAUCCACAACCAGAAGAUGAUGGCACCCUACUCAAAUGCGAGGGAUCAAAUCCACGCUUACAAAACUCAGCUUUAGAAGACUCUUUAAUGCUGAAUGUCAUGUAUCCACCACAAGUAACAUUGUCAUUAGGCUCAACAUUGAAACCGGAUGACAUUAAAGAAGGCGAUGAUGUUUAUUUCGAAUGUCACAUUAAAGCAAAUCCUAAGGAACAUCGUAUCACUUGGUCACAUAACAGUGUCCCCGUUACCCAAAACGUAUCUUGGGGCAUUAUUAUUUCAACACGUUCUUUGGUAUUGCAACGUGUGGCACGCGUACAUGCUGGUUUGUAUGCCUGUUCAGCAGCAAAUGAUCGUGGCGAAACAACAAGUGCCAUGGUGAAUCUGAGAAUACGCUAUGCUCCGGUAUGUAGCACAAAUGCAGUGAUUGUCAUUGGCGCUUCACUGGAAGAGGCUGUGCCCAUACCCUGUCGCGUUAAUUCAGAUCCACCAGAAAUUGACUUUGAAUGGACUUUCUCUAGUAGCGGUGAACAUUUUGAAGUACCUUCUGGUCAUUAUGCCACAAUACAAGAGGCCACUACAACCGGUGAUAUACAUCGUACUAUUGUUGAGUCCAAUGACACUCAUUUCGAAACUUAUGUAGAGACUGUUAGUGAAUUGAUUUAUACACCAAAAGGCGAACGAGAUUAUGGUACAUUGGCUUGUUGGGGUAGAAAUUCAAUUGGCAAACAAUCAGAACCAUGUUUAUUUCAAGUUGUACCAGCUGCCAAACCAGGAGCUUUGCGUAACUGUACAUUGAGGCCAUAUGUAGUGACCUCAGCAUCGUUAAAUUCAUCGAAUCAAACAACAAUGCAUGCCAAUCAAAUGAUGAUGCCAACACAAUAUGGAAGGCACGAAACAAAUUUCCCGCAUAUGGAAUAUGUACGUGAGCGGAAUAAAGAACAGAGACAGCAGCAGCAGCAACAGCAACAGCAACCAAAUCGAAACGGUAGUAACAAUAGUAAACAUAUGAAUAACAACAACAGCAACAGUAAUAGUAGUAGCAACAAAAAUCAUAAUAAAAUUUACAAUGAUGGUAUUAAAGGGACAAACAAAAAAUCUAAUAAUAAUAAUGGUAGUGGCAGUGGCAAUAAUGCUGGUUCUGGCGCUGGUGUGGCCAGUAAUAAUAAACGAACUAACAACAAUAUUAAUCAACAGCAUAAUAUACAAAAAAAUCAGCAACAACAACAGCAAAAUUAUAAGCAACAAAUGAUUGUGCAAAAAUAUCGCAUUCCCUUAAAUCCCCAACAACUGCAAAGAUUAAAAAAACGUACUUCUUUUACACCCUCCCAAACAUUGGCCAGCAUUAAACGACAACAGUUGGAUAAGAAAAAACAACAACAGAAACAACAACAACUGCAGCAGCAGCAACAGCAACAGCAACAACAACAGCUGAAAGUUAAAAAUGCUAACAACCAUGAGCAAGAUGAAACUUCAGUUGCAGAUGAUGACGAUGAUGGCAACCAUCAUAGUAACAGCAACAAUAAUAAAAAUAACAACGGCAAUAAUAAUAGUAUAAAAACGAUGGGGCCACUGGCAACCGUAUCAAAAGGAUUUAUCAAUAAUCAAAGUGAUGGAUUGUCAGUGCCAAUAACAAGCAACUUAAAAAUGGACAUAAAUACAGCAGGAGCAGGAAUGAAAGGUGGAGCGUCAGCAGCAACGGUAUCUGUAACGACAACAAAGAAAAAAUUACGUACAAAACGUGGUGCCAAAGAUAAAAACCACGUCAGUACCAAAACAGCAGCAUCUAAGAAUGAUAAUGACAAUGAUGAUGAUGCUGCAAGAAGUUCAAUAGCAACUAAGAAGAAAGAUCACCAAUACCGUCAGUUACAGUCAAAGCAACAACAGCAGCAACAGAAGCAGGAACAAACCCCAAAACUUCCAAAGAGUAAAAAGAAAAAAUCUAAUUUAUCAUUGCGUUUAGAGAAGCCACACAAAAAACUAGCUGUUGUUAAUGCAAUGUCAGCUACCACAAAAAAGGUAUCAUCAACCAGCAGCAGCUUAAGCAGCAACAACAACAAAAACGACAACGAUAGGUAUCACAAUAAACAACAUAACAAAAACACGCACAAACGUGAUAAAACUACAAUGAGAGUAAUUCAUCAUCAUCAACAACAACACAAUCAACAACAGCACCAGAAACACGAACACGAACACCAAGAAAUGGAUAAAAUAUUAGCACAAACAACAAAACCAAUAGAAAAGGAAAAUACCAAACAGCAAAACAUUAACUCAGCAAAAACAGCAAAAAACCAACAUCAGAAACGUGUGACAAAACGAGAUGUUGCCGCAAGAAAUUUAGAAAAAAAUCAAAAACUUCCAUUAAUACAACUACAGCAACAAGAACAAAAUGAUGGAUCUAAAGAUGCUGCAGGCCUACUACAGCAUUUAGUGGGCAACGCUAAUGAAAAUGAUGCAGCUCAACAUAGUACAACCAAUAACAAUACUAAUGCCAAAGGCGAUCAUCAGUAUUAUCAUCGCAGCCAUCCAAAAGAUAUCAAUAGCUUAAUUACCAAAAACAAACUGCAGAAUGAUAAAAAACGCAUACGCAAAUCACUAACACAAAAGGAGCGUUACUUUAUUAAAAUCAGCAGCAAUAAUACACUACAUUCGAAUAAUGAAAGCACGACAAACUACAACUACAACAACCUGCAACUACAACUUAAUGAUUCAACAAAAUCGAAUACUAACCGACAAUCAAAGAUACUGCCUCCAAAUAAACCAGAAAUUACCAACAGCAAACUUACACAACAGCAAAUGGGCCAAAAGCAACAACUACUACAGCAGGCGAAAACUUCUUUACAACCUUCGAAAUCCUUAUCUUAUGAAGACUCUAGUAAAGAGACAUCAUCAGCCUCAUUAACAGCCCAGACCGCAACAGCAGCAGCAUCAUCGUAUCAAACUGAAGACGAGGACGCUGAUGCGGAUGUAGCUGAUGAUGACGAUGAUGAUGAGCAAUUGGAAAAUUUAGAAAUGUUCGAAAAUAACAAUUCAAUAUACACUCAUACCAACAAAAAUAAUUACACUGAUGAAUUGCAAGCCUUAGAAGAAGACGAAGAUGAGGAUGAUGAAGAUAAUGAAAGUGCUACAAAUAUUGAAGAUGAAGAGAUGGAUGAGGCGGCCGAAGAGGAAGACGAUGAGGAUGAUGCUGACUUAUUAGCCGAAAUGGUCGAUGAUUAUGCAUUAAAUGAUUCAAAAGUCUUGGAUGAAGUUAUUUCAACAAUAGAUAAUGCUUUACAAACACAAAUGACUUACAAUACAACCGCACAAUAUGCAACAGCAACACAGCAACGAAAAUACCAUACAAAGAUGCCACAGCACUCCAACAAUAGGCCAGGAAAUAUUGAUGAAGUUCACCACAAUAAUGAAAUCAACAGAAACCAUAUCGAUGAUAAUACUCAUGACAAUAAUCAUGAUAAUGACAAUGAUGAAAACGAGAAUGGCAAUGCCGAUGACGAUGAUGAUAAUAAUGACAAUGAUAAUGAUGACGAGGAUGAUAAUAAUGAACCACAUUUUGAUUAUUCACGUAUGGAAUAUAAUUUUCAUAACGGCAUUGCCACCCACAGUCUUAUUGGUCCUUAUGGUUCAUCAGACUUGGCUAAUAAUGGUUAUGGCAAUGGUGCUGGACCUGUUGGUAGUGGAGCUGAUGGCAUUUUAGGUGGUGCUGGUGGUGGAGGCGGUGGUACAAUUAAUUUUGAUAAUUACGAUAAUAUUAUUUAUUCAACAAUGGAAUUGGAAUGUAUGCCAGGCUAUGACGGUGGCCUACAGCAGCAGUUUUAUUUGGAAGCAUACGAUUCGAAAACAAAGAAAUUACGCCUGAAUACAUCCAGCACAUAUGCAGAUGUGCCCAUAUUUCGUGUUGACUUAAGUGAUUUAACACCCAUGGACUAUUAUCCAGAUCCAAAUCCAGCCUUACAUCUUGUUGUCUACAGUGUUAAUCAAAAAGGACGCUCAGAGGCAAUUGUUUUAGAAAACAUACCAAUUAAUGAGGCAGAAAAACGUUCCGAUGGUCGUAUGAGUUUGUCAAUUUUACCUAUAGCUGCUCUUUUAACUGGAACACUAUUUACUGUGGGCAUUGCUGUCCUCUUUGUUGUUGUAGUUGCUGUUCGCAAAAGGCGUUGUCAAGGUGGUCGCAAUAUGUGCGAUGACAAGGACAAACAUUUAGGCAUGGAUGUUACAGUUACAGCUCCCCUAGAGACCGGACCCGGCCAUCAACGUUUAGUUGUGGCGUAUACACUGAAACAAGGCAUUGAGAAGCAACCGGAUAUAUUGAGCGCACAAAAGAAUGCAACGGGUAGCGCAACAUCAUCGCCAUUAGGAAAUCGACCAAGUGGUAUAUUCAUAGAUACCAACACCAGCAAUGGAGGUGUUGGCUCAAAAGCAGCAAACUAUGCCAAUAGUAAUGGGGCAGUGGGUGGUGCGGGUAAUAAUUCAACAUCAGGAAACUAUGAUUCACCUAAUAUGAAUUAUAAUGACAACAACUCCGAUCCUUUACAGCAGCAACUCAACAGCCCACCCUCACAAUCCAGUACCCUAAAGUUGGGACAAGAUUCUAGAAAACCUUAUCAAACGCCACCAUUAUUAUAUGAUGCACUUAAUCGUCACGACAUAUCACGCUAUGAUCCCCUCCCCUUAAGUAUGAACUAUGGUGGCAGUAAUAGUACAUUAAGUUCUGGCGGCAGUGCAGGCAAUACAUCGCUAACCAACAAUACCGCAGCAGCAUCAUCAUCUCUAAUGCAAAACAGUUUAACCAAUGGUCACUAUACAAAUCAUCAUACAUUGCCACACUCGAGUGCGGUGUUACAGCAACAUCAACUGCCAUCUGCCCAUCACACCUUAGGCUCAGAGAAAUUAUCAAUUGCUGAUUAUCUCACUGCCAGCAGUUUAAUUGAUUAUAAUCUAAGUAAAUCAGCAACCGGUAUGUUAACGAAUGCCAUUGUUGGCUCAGGCUGUAGUGGAGGUGUGGCAACAAAUCCUACAUCCUCAUCCACAAGCAGUACUAUGGGUCACAUGACCCUGCCCAAGGGUUUAGGUUUAGGUUCAAUAAUAGGUGUCAACAAUGGCUCGGCGACUAUGCCCUCAGCUACUCUAACACCUUCGGCUUCCACAAAUCUAUCGAUGACACAAAAAUCUACCGCUAAUCGUAAUCAUAUUAUAACGGACACCCUACCGGGUCCUGAAAGUUGUGUUUAAAUUUAGA